AUGGCCACAGUGUCGUCCACGGCGUCGCUAACGCUUGAACUCCCGCCAAGCUGUAUAUCAUUUUGUCCCUCCCGACCUCACCUUUUCGUCAUCGGCACGUACUUCCUGCAUCCACGGGAAUUUCAGGAUCGGGAGUUAUCAAGCUCGCAGGAUGUACUGGAAGACCCUACUGUGGAAACCGACGGCACGAGUGCCUCCGCCGAGGACUCACAUGUGGWCCGGGAGMAAAAGCGUACUGGAAGCCUAGUACUCUACCGCCUUAACCGGGAUGAUAAGAUCGUUUUCCUCCGGAGCGAGCCCACGGACUUUUCGAUUCUGGACCUACAGUGGUCACAGCAUCGCGAGCAACACGGCGAUCUGCUCGCGGUUGCAACAUCGACAGGGGUGCUCGCAUUCUAUAGGCUACACGGAUCGGAAUCAUCAGAAUCGGCCCAGCGACUCGUGCUGGAAUGCGAGAAGCAGAUAUGCGAUGCUACCACGCUCGUGCUGUCUCUCGCAUGGCAUCCAUUCCAGGCGCAUGUUCUUGGAGUGACGUUGUCCGACGGCAGGGUUUGCUUGUGCGAGAGUACCGCUGAGGGCGGCGUCUGGAGUCAAGACGGCGACAUACGCAUUACCGAUGUUCAUCAACACGAGCUGGAAGCGUGGACCUUGGCUUUUAGUCCUGAUUCGACAAGUGUCUUAUCUGGAGGAGACGACAUUGUGCUGCAGAGCUCGCAAAUCCAUGAUCCACAAAACCCCUUGCGGGUCUGGCAGGAUCGCAAGAUGCACGAGGCCGGCGUUACCGCUAUCUUGCCUCUUUCGCAGACCCUCGUCGUGACAGGGAGUUAUGACGAUCAUAUUCGAUUGCUUCUCACACCGGUCCCAGGAAGGCGUCAGAUUCUGGCAUCGCUCAACUUGGGCGGCGGAGUAUGGCGCCUGAAGCUGCUUGAAGGAUCUGUAAGCAGAAGUGAUGCUGGAGACUCAGCCUUGUCAGCAAGUUCAAGCUUCGUGCUGCUUGCCAGCUGCAUGCACGCCGGUACCCGUAUCGUGCGGCUUAUGCAAGGUGCGGAUAGCAACUGGACCUUUGACAUACUGGCCAAGUUCGAAGAGCAUCAAAGCAUGAAUUAUGGCACGGAUGUGCAGCCUGGCGAUAACAGCACAACGAAAACGAUAAUCAGCACAAGCUUCUACGACAAGUUGCUCUGUCUUUGGAAGUUUGAUUUGAAGUAA